UGCUGGCAGUGAAUAUCGGAACGCAAUCUAUGUCGUAUUUAUUUUACGUCAUAUUUUCAGGCUUUAGGGGAAAAGAGAGCGAGAAAGAGAGAGAAAAGGAAUCAGGUGCCGAAAAUGCAACUGAAAGGAUGUAUCUGCUGGUAACUAGAUAAAUAUUUGGCGCGUUUUAUCAUUAGAUUCCUUCGUCUUAUCGGUUAUAUGGGUGUCGUAUGUACAUGAGUCAAAAUGUCUAAAAUACGCCGGCUAUCAGUUCGUGGUAUUCGCAAUUUUGGCGAUGAUAAUGAGGACGCAUUGUUGCGUUUCUCGUGUCCGAUGACGUUGAUCCUGGGGCCUAAUGGAACAGGGAAAACCACGAUCAUCGAGGCGUUGAAAUAUGCUACGACUGGUGAAUUCCCACCUGGCUCUGAAAAAGGAAAAUCCUUCAUACAUGAUCCUAACUUGGCAUCAACUGGCUCGAUUAGAGGUGUCGUUAAAGCUGAGAUUGUUGAUUCUAUUGGUAAUAUGUAUACAGUAUGUCGAACAAUUGAGUCCAUGAAAACAACCAAAAAAUUCAAAACUCUUGAUAAUACUUUAACCAGAAUAAGCAAAGAUAAGAAAGAGAAAACAUCGAUAACCAAUCGAUGUGCUGACAUUGAUGCUGAACUCAGCAUAGCAUUGGGUGUUUCAAAAUCUAUUCUGAAUUAUGUAAUAUUCUGCCAUCAAGAUGAAUUUAAUUGGCCAUUUGAUCAAGGAAAAACAUUAAAAGAUAGAUUUGACGAGAUAUUUGACAGUAAAAAGUUUAACAAAGCUUUGGAAAACAUUGGGAAGCUCUAUAAGGAGUUACAAGUAAAUAUUCGAAGCCUGACUGCAGAGAAAGAAUCUUGUAAUAUAGUGGUGUCUGAGGUAAAGUCUAGAGAGACCAAACUUAAAGAUUAUAAGCAGAGACUUAACACUACAAAGGAAAAAAUAAAUGUUAUUGAUAAGGAGUUGGAAUCCUUGCAACAAAAAAUCAAAGACAUGGAACAGUUACAUUCAGAAUACAAGAAUAUACAAGCUGUUGAAGAAAAGAAGAAGAUGGAGUACACAAUGCUCAAAGAACGAUAUGUGAAACUAAGAAAUACUGUAGAAAAUAUUUUUGAAGGAACAACAGAGGAGUUAAAUGUUCAUAUACAGUCGUAUGAUUCCAUAUUGAAGGAGAAGAACAAUGAAAUAACGGAGAAUGAAGCAGAGAUCGAAGAUAUCUCUACGAAAGAAGCCAGGAUCUCGAAUAUCUUGGCAACGCGCAGGGAAACUGUGGGCACAUUGAAACAACAAGUAAAAGAUCAAGAAAAAAGGAUAAUUCGUCGUAAUCAGUUAUUAGACGAUGCACUGAGGGUCUGUGGGUUGGACACGGUGGGACCGGACGUGUCCGAAAUAGAGGUAAAAGCUCUUACUAAAAGAUUGGAGCAAAAAAUGCGGACAUUGGAACGAAAAUUGGAGGAGAAUCGAUCGGCCAUGCAGAGGCAGGAGGAAAAGUUACAAAAGGAGCUUGAUAAGGUGCGUAGCAAUCAUUCGAAAAUAGAAUCCGAAAAAAUCCUCAAAGAGAAGGAAGUAACCGAGAUAAGAAAUGACGUCACUGCGAUUCGGAAUCAAAUAACACAGAUCGGUGCGGCGGGAAAUAAAUUGAAGUCUCUUGAGGAAGCACUUCAAACAGCGAAACAGAGAAUAGAUGACAUCAGCAAGAUGUUAGACGUGGACUCUGUUAAAGCCGAUAUUAAAAGCAAAGUAAAAUCCAGAGACAAGAUCGAGGAAAGUUUAAGUGCGGUCGAUGAUGAAAUUUCCUCCCUGCACAAAUUGAGCUCGUUAACGGCGGAAUUUGAGUUAAAGAAAUCGACCUUGCAAGCUAAAGAGGAAGAGUUCGAGAAUCUGAAGAGAAAACAUGGCGAGGAUAUUAAAACAUUGUUAAACGUUCCAGAACUGCAGCACACGAAAUUGAGAAGUUCCUUACAACGUGUUCAUCAGCAGUUAGAAAAAGAAUCAAAUUCCUUAACACGUGAGAUACAAGCGCAGGAACGCAGAACUACUGCUCUUGAAACAACAAUGCGGCACAUGGAAUUUGACAUUGCGAAGAAACGGACAGAAUUUGAACGUGAUAAGCAGAAAAUAUCUGUAGUGUGCGAUUAUAAAGAUUUCGACGAAACUUUAUUAAUGCAAUCAAAGAUAGUCAAGGAUCUUCAGGAUCAGAGAGGAGUUUAUGCUUAUCAGGCCACAGCUUACAAGGAAUACAUUAAAAAGCUUUCCAUGAAAGAUCCUUGCUGCCCGUUGUGUCAUAGAGAUUUUCAGGAGCAAAAGAAAGUUACAGAGCUAAUAAAAGAAAUGGAAAGCGAUAUAAUACGUAAUCAGCCAAGCCGUUUAAAGAGAUGCGAAGAGGAAUUGAAGACUGAACAGAAGAAAUAUGACAAUAUGCUACAGUUGAAACCUAUCGUCGAGAAGAUCAUUCAGUGUGAAGAAAAUGACUUAAAGAAAUUAGACGAGAGGUUGGAGAAAACGAAGAAUAAUCUAACGCAAUCGAAGAUGUGCGUUAAGACUUUAGAAGGGUCGAAAGCAGAGCCCGAGAAGAAAUUGAUGCUGUGGAAGAAUAUCAUCGGCGAUAUUCAGCUCUGGGAUCGAUGCGUAGAUGAGAUACGGCAUCUGAAGACUACCGUUGACAACAUGCAAACUCAAAUGGCCAAUGCAGGUAUUCAAACCCAGAGGACCAUGGAAGAAGCACAAACGCAACGAGAACAACUGAAGAAGUCCUUCAAAGAAAUUCGGAGUCACAUCGAAAAUUUGCACCUCAAGUUGAACAAGCACAACGAGAAAUUGCAGGAUGCUAGGGCGACGUACAACGAGUUGCACGAAAAGCAGUUGCAAAUACACUCAGAUAUGCAGAAACUGAAGCACUUGAAGGAUAAGCAGGAAGAUCUGUACACGCGAGAGGUCAACGUGGCAGAAGCGGUAGAAAAAUUGCGGGAAGAUUUGAUGGUCGUCGAGGAUCAAUUGAAUUCUAGUAUACAGAUAUUGGAGAAAACUAAGGCUGAAAAUUGGCAGAAGCAGGAGACUGAUAGGAAAUCAGUAGCGGAAAAUACCAGACGUUUGUCCGACUUACACAACAUAAUAGAUGAAGUUGAGUCAUUCAUCAACAGCAACGUGUCCGAGAAACUCACGAGCUAUGAACGCGACAUAGAGACUCACCAGAAAUCGUUGGCAGAACUCACGAACCUGCGGAAGAACGUGGAGCAAACAAUUGGCAAACUGAAGGAGGAUGUCGCCACUCAAGAAAUCAAAAAGAGAGAAAUGCUCGACAACAUGACGUUGCGCGAGACCAAGGAAGGAAUGGAGACGUUGAAAGAAGAACACCGGCAGUUGGCUUUGCAACUGAAGGACAUGAAUUACAAUGAAAUAUCGACAAAAUUGAAGAUGUUAGAAAACGAGAGACAGACGACACUUCGUCAGAGAAACGUAUCUCUGGGCAAACAGGAGGAGCUGGAAAGAGUGAUCGAACAGUACACACAGGAACUGCAGAAGGAAGUAUAUCGACUCGCUCGUCGCAAUUACACUGACAAGUGUAUCGAAUUAGCGGUUGAAGAAGAUACGAUAGCCAACUUGAAGGCUUACAGUCAGAUUUUGGAUGCCGCGAUGAUUGAGUAUCACGAGGAGCGCAUGGCGACGGUCAAUAAGAUAAUGAAGAAGCUGUGGAAGCAUAUUUACAAAGGCACGGAUACAAGUAGCAUACAAAUCCGCACGGAGCCAACGGAUGGUGUAGGCAGCAACAGGAGGAGCUACAACUACAAAUUGAUUCAGACUAAACACGGCUGUGAGAUGGACAUGAAGGGACGCUGCAGUGCCGGGCAAAAGGUGCUAGCAUCGAUCAUCAUAAGACUCGCCUUGGCAGAAACGUUUUGCAAGGAUUGUGGUAUACUCGCCUUGGAUGAACCAACGACGAACUUGGACGAAGAGAAUGCAAACAGUUUGGCGGAUACGCUCACCAAAGUGGUGGAGAUGCGAUCGAAGCAUCAGAAGAAUUUUCAGCUCAUCAUAAUUAGCCAUGACGAGAAGUUCCUGCAAAAAUUAGCUGAUCUAAAUAAUCAUAAGAAAUUUCACGAACUUUAUCGCAAACAGAAUGGAUUGACCGCCGUGAAAAUAUCCGACUUCAAUGAACCUACGAAUUCCUUGAUGCAUAUCAAGGACGAAGACGAAUCCGAUGAAGAGGAACGGCAUCGUCUUCCAUCGAGAGAUCUAGAUACGGACACGGCCAGUACAUCGAAUAGAAAACGAUACAAUUGGGACGAUUUCAAUGAUGAGGAGAGGCCCGCUAAGAAGAGAUAUUGCUUCAACGAAUAA